CCCUCUGAAAGAAUUUCAGUCAUAGAUCGGGUGGAGGAAUGGUGGCGCAGAUAUAGAAUCACAAUAUACCCGAAACUGGAGCCCUCAUUAGCAGACACAGAAGAGGAGAGGCCUUGAAAGUGCUACUCCCGAGAACAGUCACACUCGGGCCAGAUAGUGGUGUGUUAGGCUACUCUUUCUUCAAGAUUCGGAUGGAUGCUAAGAUGGGCCGAUAGGAUAAUGUCUUUGCUUGCGGUAGGACUGGAUGGGAGCAUAGAAGACCACAACGUGCAAGAGACAACACAGACGAGAAGCCCAAAUUCUAGAACCAUAGAUAAAUGUGUCAACGGACCUGACCCUCCCGCCACGCGACAUUCCCCGCGUCGCGGAAUCGCUUGUCCGGAGCCUCCGCCUUCAAGUCGUCGACCCGGCCAUCGAGCUGCAACCCGGUCUUCUGAGCCCGCCUCGUCCUCUCCAUUAUAUUGUGGUAGGUAUGCCGCUGUGGUUGCUGGCCCACGCCAUUUUGCUACGAUGAUUCAUACUCGGCUUCUUCCGUAGAAAGAUCGGAUGCUCUCUGAACUCGCUGACUUAUUUGUGCGUAAUAGGUCGCGCUUACUCCAAGGACAACCAUCAACCUCGCCCUCAUCCUCAUACUCAUCCCCAUACUCUCCCACAUACUCAUCCUUGUCCUCCUUCUUCCUCUCCGCUAAGCCACUCCCCGUCUCCGAAUCGCAGUUCCCACGGAGAUCCGUUCGUGGCCCGAUCCCAAUCUCAUUCAGGCACGUCCUUCCCGCUUUCUCACCAGCCCAGCCGCUUCCGUGAGCAACAACCGCCCGUGUGUCCACUUGUUUCUCCGGGAGACGAUGCCCUAGAGAGGGCUAAUUCUGGGCUCCGACCGUCCUCAUCGAGUGAAGCCAACGUAGAAGUGCAAAGUUCUCCGCCCCACUCGCCUUCGAACUUUCCUGAAGGAUCUAGUGCUGUCCGGCCUGAAUCGAGCCUUGACGGCAUGGCCGAAUUUCCACACGGGCAGCCUAAUGGCCAGUUAAUUUCCACUGUUAGACAGAAUCACAGUCACAACGAAGCCGAACAAGAGCGUGCCGAAACAUUUAGACAAGUCCAUGUCGCAGAAUCGCCUGCUCUGCUUAACGCUCAAGGCGAAAUAUCGGGAGGCCAAAUCUCUACAGCAUCCUCCAACAACUGGAAUAUACCGACAACGGCUCUCGAGGCCGGGGCAACAGAUAGAACUGCCCUGCAUCCUUUUAGUGCUGUCCAGUCCAACCCGGAACCGCAGCUGGGCGACAGCACAACUUCCAAUGGCGCUUCCCGUGAAACUGUUCCCGAAAAUAACAAUCCCCAAGCUUCUCAACCUCGCCUAGAUCAUUCAUUUCAAAAUUCAUGGGAUGCAUUUAUUGCACAAGAACUAGAGCGUCGCGCUGCAUUUGCGCAGGCUAAUCAUGUGCCAGUCAUGGCAACCAUGAACCCAAAUCUGUACCAUGGUCAAUACUUCUAUCCUGGACCUAUGACGACAGCUACGGAUGUUCAACUUCUUAACCAGACCCAGGUGCCCGGAACCGCGGAUAACGGGGCCGCUUCUGCUAACGUGUCCCCGGCAACGAGAGACCCCCAUAUUCCUCAGGGUAGUCCCUCCCGCACACAUGGCGUAGCGCAACCAGAGCAAGUCUCAGGACCACGACGUAGCCAUAUGGAAGCGUUUACAAUGGACAACAGACACAACACGGGUCCGUCGGAAUAUCGGAAUACUCGUCCUCGCCUUCUACCAGGAUCGCAAGAGGCUUCUUUCGCAGCGCAGCACGCAGCAUUACAGCGUCAGCUCGCCGCAAACGGAACGAACCGACCUUUAUCGAGUAACCAACAAAGGGCCACUUCCCGCUAUGUGAAUGCAGCUCUGCGACAUUUCACGUUCCAACAUCGCGGACAGUCUGUUGAGCAAGUAAAUAUAGAUCUUAACCGAUACGCCGCAGAUUACUCAGGAGCUUCAACGGUGAAAAAGGGACUCGAUAACCAAAACGAUGGGCGACCGAAGCCUAAAGAGAGCUCUGAAAUGAAGAUUGAUUUCGAUUGCCAGAUCUGCCGGAGUCAGACGGUUGACACUGUUAUCAUUCCAUGCGGCCAUGCUAUUCUUUGUCAAUGGUGUGCAGAGCAGCAUAUCCCCACGUUCCCUGCAUAUCCCACCAGACCUCGUGAGCAUGCGAAUUGUCCACUUUGCCGGAAACCGGUUCGUGAGAGGUACCGGAUCUUUACUCCCUGA